AUGAAUACUAUACGAAAACUCACCUCUGUUACGACUUCAAAUUUUCGCAAGUUUUCUGUCUCUGCCUCGAAUAAUGCUACUUAUUCAUGUAAACUGCUUGUGAUAGGUGGAGGUAGUGGUGGAAUUACGAUAUCAUCCAAAUUUGUAAGAAGGCUCCCAGCAAAGGAUUCAGUUAUAGUUUUAGAACCCAGCAAGGAUCACUAUUACCAACCUCUGUUCACACUGGUAGCCGCCGGUGUCUGCGACCUGAAGCAGGCUCAUCGACGUGAACAAGACUUGAUGCCUGCGGGUGCCAAGUGGAUACAAGAUUACGCUGCCGACAUCAAUCCAAAAGACAAUUUUGUGACGACCAGGGAAGGACACAAAAUCAAUUAUGAAUACGUCGUCGUUGCUGUGGGAAUAAAGAUGGAGUAUGAGGAGAUACCUGGCAUGUUAGAAGCUCUUAAGGACCCUAACAGCGGUGUAUCGACGAUAUACACGCCUGACUACUGCCAGAAGACGUGGAAGGAUUUGCAGAACUUUAAAGGCGGCGAUGCCAUUUUCACGUUCCCACAUUGCGCGAUCAAAUGUCCCGGUGCGCCACAGAAGAUUGCUUAUUUAGCAGAAACUUAUUUUACGCAGAAAAACAUCCGCUCCAAAGCCAACAUAUCGUACACGACUUGCACGCCGGCAAUAUUUGGUGUAGAGAAGUACGCGAAAGAACUUGUGAAGGUGGCUGCGCGCAAGAACAUAAACGUGGACUAUAAGCUGAUACUGAAGGAGAUACGUCACGACAAGAAGGAGGCUGUGUUCCAGGGUUGCCAUGAUGAGAACAAUACGAUAACGAAACAGUACGACCUGCUCCAUGUGGUGCCGAACCAGCACCCUCCCGAAGUCGUCCGACGCAACAAGUUGAUCGCUGACGCUAAAGGGUACCUCGACGUGGACAUGUACACACUGCAGCACAACAAAUACCCCAACAUGUACGGUAUAGGCGACUGCACUAGUACGCCUAAUAGCAAGACUGCAGCUGCUAUUGCGAAGCAAUGCUACGUCUUGGAGCACAAUCUGCUUAGCACCAUGAAGAAGGAUUCUCCCAAAGAGAAGUAUGAUGGAUACGGCGCGUGUCCCCUCGUCACUUCUUUCAACACUUGUAUACUCGCCGAGUUCACCUAUGGCGGCGUGCCACAUGAAACUUUGCCUUUUGAUCAGUCAAAAGAAAGUGUUAUGGCGUUCUACAUGAAGAGGCACCUAUUUCCUUUCCUGUACUGGCAAUUUAUGCUCAAAGGUUACUACCAUGGACCCGAAUUUGUUAGAAAAAUUAUAAACCCCAUGGGCUGAUGUAAACUUCUUGUGGUAGGUGGAGGUAGUGGUGGAAUUACGAUAGCAUCGAAAUUUGUGAGGAGGCUUAGAGCAAAGGAUUCAGUUAUAGUUUUAGAACCGAGCAAGGAUCACUAUUACCAACCUCUGUUCACACUGGUAGGCGCCGGUGUCCGUGACCUAAAGCAGGCUCAUCGACGUGAACAAGACUUGAUGCCUGCGGGUGCCAAGUGGAUACAAGAUUACGCUGCCGACAUCAAUCCAAAAGACAAUUUUGUGAUGACCAGAGAAGGACACAAAAUCAAUUAUGAAUACGUCGUCGUUGCUGUGGGAAUAAAGAUGGAGUAUGAGGAGAUACCUGGCAUGUUAGAAACUCUCAAGGAUCCUAACAGCGGUGUAUCAACAAUAUACUCGCAAGACUACUGCCAGAAGACCUGGAAGGAUUUGCAGAACUUCAAAGGUGGCGAAGCCAUCUUCACGAUCCCAAAUUGUCCGAUCAAAUGUGCCGGUGCGCCACAGAAAAUUGCUUAUUUAGCAGACUCUUAUUUUACUAAGAAAAACAUCAGGUCCAAAGCUAAUAUAAGCUACGUCACCUGUGAGCCGACAAUGUUUAGUGUACAGAAGUACUCGAAAGAACUCGUGAAGGUGGCUGCGCGCAAGAACAUCCACGUGGACUAUAAGCUGAUACUGAAGGAGAUACGUCACGACAAGAAGGAGGCUGUGUUCCACGCGUGCCAUGACGAGGAUAAUACGAUAACAAAACAGUACGACCUGCUCCAUGUGGUGCCGAACCAGCACCCUCCCGAAGUUGUCCGAUACAACAGGUUGAUCGCUGACUCUGAAGGGUACCUCGACGUGGACAUGUACACACUGCAGCACAACAAAUACCCCAACAUGUACGGUAUAGGCGACUGCACUAGUACGCCUAAUAGCAAGACUGCAGCUGCUAUUGCGAAGCAAUGCUAUGUCUUAGAGUACAAUCUGCUUAGCACCAUGAAGAAGGAUUCUCCCAAAGAGAAGUACAAUGGAUACGGCGCGUGUCCCCUCGUCACUUCUUUCAACACUUGUAUACUAGCCGAGUUCACCUAUGGCGGCGUGCCACAUGAAACUUUGCCUUUUGAUCAGUCCAAAGAACGGGUGAUAGCAUUCUGCAUGAAGAUACACAUAUUUCCUUUCCUUUACUGGCACUUUAUGCUCAAAGGUUACUACCAUGGACCCGAAUUUAUUAGAAAAAUUAUAAACCCCAUGGGCUGAUGCAAGUUGUUGGUGGUUGGUGGAGGCACAGGCGGCUGCAACAUGGCGUGGCGUUUCAGUAGAAAGUUCAAGGACAUCAUCUUAUUAGAACCCUCCGAUGUUCACUACUACCAACCAGGAUUCACACUAGUGGCAGCUGGUAUAAGGCAGAUGAAAGACAUCCAAAGACCUCUAGAAUCGGUACUGCCUCCUAAUAUUAAAUGGAUUGAGGACUCCGCUGAAUGUUUCGAUCCUGGUCAAAAUACUGUAUACACCAGUAACGGCGCUACAAUAGUUUACGAGUUCAUGGUAGUCGCUGUAGGAUUAAAGAAUGACUACGAUAAGAUCUUGGGACUAAAGCAAGCGCUCGACGAUCCUUGCAGUAAAGUAUCAACAAUCUACUCUAAGGAUUACUGCUCAAAAACCUGGAGCAAUAUUAAUCAGUACAAAGGCGGCCAUGCCGUGUUCACGUACCCAGUAACGGAUGGCAAGUGCUCGGGUGCAGUAAUGAAGGUCAUGUUUUUGGCUCAUGACUACUGGCGACGGAUUCGUGAGAGCACUAGCAUAGCGUUUAACACGGCAGAGGAAUCAGUGUUCGUUGUGAAGAAGUACGCCACCGCGCUAACGAACCUUGCCUUAAAUCGUGAUAUUAUUAUCAACUACUGCACUGAUCUGGUGGAGGUCAGGCCUUCGGGGGCGCUAUUUCAAGGAGCAGGAGGCCAGAUAUUUUGUUUCCCAUACAACAUGCUGCACGUAACUCCUCCGAUGUCGCCUCCUGCCUGCCUCCGCACAUGCCAGCCCUUGGUCAACGAAGCAGGAUACCUCAAUGUCAAUAUGUAUACGCUUCAACACAACACAUUCUACAAUGUGUUUGGUUUAGGAGACUGUAUUGGCACGCCUAAUAGCAAAACUGCAGCUGCUAUAGGGCCACAAAGUUACGUAGUGGAGCGUAACCUGUCCAAAGCCAUGGCGCGACAGGUUCUAACGGCGAGAUAUAACGGCUACGGUGCUUGCCCUCUACUCACCUCGUACAAGAGAGGCAUACUCGCUGAAUACCUGUAUGAUAAGAAAGCUUACCAGACUUUCCCUAUUGAUCAGAGUAAAGAGAAUCGGAUAUUCUACCGCAUGCAAGUAAACAUAAUGCCUUCCGUGUAUUGGCGUUACUUGCUCCGAGGCAAGUUCAAUGGACCCGGCACUCUUGGAAAAAUUCUAAACCCUUGCAGAAAACGAUAA